UCCCUCCUUCCAUGCGUUUGUCUCGCUCGUCUUCCCGCGUCUGCGCACCUCCGCCAGGCCUAGAUCUCCCCGCCGUCUCCCGCACACUUCACCCUCCGCACGGACAACAUGUCUGAGUACAGCGCGAUGCCGCCGCCCGGUGCCGGUGGAUUCAAGAAAGACGCGUUCGCCGACGCGGUGCAGCGCGCGCGGCAGAUCGCAGCAAAGAUCGGCGGAGACGUCACAGGUCCCCCCAUGAGCAAUAACGGCGGAGCGGAGAGCUAUGCCUUCGCGGCACAGAAGCGAUCGCUGGAGGACGGAGAUCAGCCUGAGUGUAAGAAGAUGGCGUCUGACAGAGACAACGCUUCAGCACUGUCUAUCGGAGCCCAGCUGGCUGCCCUUUCCCAGCAGAGCGUACGUCCCUCGUCUCUCACAGAAGAGUACAGAGUCCCUGACGGCAUGGUUGGGCUCAUCAUUGGUCGGGGUGGAGAGCAGAUCAGUAAGAUCCAGCAGGAGUCUGGCUGUAAAGUUCAGAUCGCUCCAGACAGCGGCGGUCUUCCAGACAGGAGUGUCUCUCUCACCGGCGGCCCUGAAGCCAUCCAGAAGGCCAAAAUGCUGCUGGAUGACAUCGUCUCUCGGGGGCGGGGCACUCCUCCCUCCUUCCACGAGUCAACCAAUGGGAACGGCCACAUGCAGGAAAUGAUCAUUCCGCCAGGGAAAGCGGGUCUCAUCAUCGGCAAAGGAGGAGAGACCAUUAAACAGCUGCAGGAGCGCGCUGGCGUGAAGAUGAUUUUGAUUCAGGACGCUUCUCAGGGGCCAAACAUGGACAAACCUUUGCGCAUCAUUGGAGAUCCUUACAAAGUCCAGCAAGCGCGUGAAAUGGUGCAGGAGAUUCUGCGAGAGCGGGAUCAUCCCGGCUUCGACAGAAAUGAGUACGGCUCUCAAAUAGGUGGAGGAAUGGAGGUGCCUGUUCCGCGUCACUCUGUGGUUUUUCGAAGUUCUCUGGAUUCCAUCUGUUUGGUUGCUUUGGGUAAUCUCUGUUCUGUGCGUCAGGGUCCUCCGGGCACAGGCAUGCCUCCGGGUGGGCGUGGCAGGGGGCGUGGUCCAGGCAACUGGGGCCCUCCUGGCAGCGAGAUGACCUUUUCAAUCCCCGCCCACAAAUGCGGUCUGGUGAUCGGCCGAGGCGGCGAGAACGUGAAGGCCAUCAACCAGGAGACGGGCGCCUUCGUGGAGAUCUCGCGCCAGCCUCCGCCCAACGGCGACCCCAACUUCAAAAUGUUUAUCAUCCGGGGAUCUCCUCAGCAGAUCGACCACGCCAAACAGCUGAUCGAGGACAAGAUCGAGGGUCCCCUGUGCCCUGUUGGACCUGGACCUGGACCUGGACCGGGUGGACCGGGCCCCGCUGGACCCAUGGGCCCCUACAACCCGAACCCGUACCAGCCCGGACCCCCUGGUGGACCGCCACACGGUGGUCCUCCUGGCGGUCAGUAUCCUCAGGGCUGGGGAAACACAUACCAGCAGUGGCAGCCACAUGAUCCCACUAAAGCAGCAGCGGAUCAUAACGCGGCGUGGGCGGCUUAUUACGCACAGUACUACCAGCAGCCCGGAGGGGCCGCCAUGCCCGGACAGGCGCCUGCGGCCCAACCAACCGCUCCCGCUCCUGCUGACCAGAGCCAAGCUGUUCCUGGAGCCGCCCAGCCUGACUACACCAAGGCCUGGGAGGAGUACUACAAAAAGAUGGCUGCAGCAGGAGGAGGCGCUGCUCCCGCCGCAGGAGGAGCUCAAGCCCCGGGAGCUGCAGCAGCGGGACAGACGGACUACAGCGCUGCAUGGGCCGAAUACUACAGACAGCAGGCUGCUUAUUACGGACAGACGGGACAGGCCGCGGGACAGCCGGGCGCCACACCACAGGGCCAGCAGGCGCAGUGAAGUGACUGUUGUUGAGCUCUCGUCCGUCUGGCUCCUUCCCUCCAUCCUCUCACUCUCCUCUGACAAAAGGACUUCUGCUCUUCCCUCUUCCUUUUCUUUCUCGUGUCCAGCUGAAAAGCUCUGUGACUCUCUUUCUCCUCUGAAGCCGGAUUUCUGUCUUUAUGAAACGUUACGGCUUCAAACGCUCUUGUUUCUCCUCCUGGUUUUUGCUGGAUCCACAAGCGCUGAUGGACUAAACUCAAACUCUGCCUUCCCCUCAACAAACGCUUCAUCCCUCCUCUUCCUCUCAUCAGUGUGACUCAUGGCCAGGAGACACAAGGGAAUGCUUCUUCUAACUUCCUCACAUGAGCGUGCACUUCCUGUUUUUGCAUUAAAAAAAUUUUUUUUUUUUUUUUGAGGAAAUCGGCCCAUUUA